AAGAAGCAGCAGCAGAAGCGGCGCGUAUCGCGUCGGCUGGGCUGGUGUUGUGAGUCGGUCUGAACGGUGGAGUGCGGUGUUUCUAAACACGACGAGGCAGAAGAAGAAGAAGAAGAAAAAGAAGCAGAAGAAGAAGCAGCAGAAGAAGAAGCAGCAGCAGAAGCGGCGCGUAUCGCGUCGGCUGGGCUGGUGUUGUGAGUCGGUCUGAACGGUGGAGUGCUGUGUUUCUAAACACGACGAGGCAGAAGAAAAAGAAGCAGAAGAAGAAGCAGAAGAGGCGCGUAUCGGGUCGGCUGGGCUGGUGUUGUGAGUCGGUUUGAACAGUGUGGAGUGCGGUGUUUCUAAACACGACGAGGCAGAAGAAGAAGAAGAAGAAAAAGAAGCAGAAGAAGAAGCAGCAGAAGAAGAGGCGCGUAUCGCGUCGGCUGGGCUGGGCUGGUGUUGUGAGUCGGUUUGAACGGUGGCGUGCGGUGUUUCUAAACACGACGAGGCAGAAGAAGAAGAAGCAUCAGAAGAAGCAGCAGCAGCAGAAGAGGCGCGUAUCGCGUCGGCUGGGCUGGUGUUGUGAGUGAGUCGGUGUGAACGGUGCGGCGCGGUGUUGCUGAACGCGACAGACCGGACUCAGGAUAGGCUGAAGUCGGAUUUUAUACAGUCGCCGUCCGGGGAAAAGUGACGCUGGCGGAGCUUAACGACUUGGCGUAGCCCCCGUCAGCGAGCAGUGGAGAAGCUAAGCUAACUGCUGGUAGUUACUCGACAAUAGCAAUGUGUUUUCGAGGAGCACAAUACUUCCUAACAGCAGUGGGUUGAUUUCUCAACUCGGCAGCCACUUUAUUUUUUUCUUAUAAUACCAGUACUUGUACUUGAGCUUGACUGGUUGCAGACGGAUGCUGUCAUUCAAAGCCUUAGGUUAGCUGCUGCUGCUGCUGCUGCUCCUCCUGCUGCUGCUCCUGCUGCUGCUGGGGUCAAGAUAAUCCCCCUCUCAGAGACUGGGCGCCGUCGAUGUUUCCGCCGCUGUGAAGUUCUUUAGUGAUACCCUACCUGGAGUGUUCAGAUCCUUCUCCGAAAGCUCCAUGCAGACACUGCAGGGCAGGGGAUGCCACUGGUAUCUAAUGUGAAAAUGACAUCCGUAUCAGAGGAAGGAGGAGGAAGAGGAGAGCUGUUGUCCCGGGAUGAGUGUCUCUGCCCCGUCUGUCUAGAGAUCUUUCUAGAGCCAGUUACUCUGCCCUGUGGCCAUACCUUCUGCAAGCCCUGUUUUCUGGAGACUGUGGACAAGGCCACCCUGUGCUGUCCUAUGUGCAGGAAGAGGGUGUCGACGUGGGCCAGGCUCAAUUCCAGGAAGCAGACCCUGGUGAACGACGAACUGUGGAGACAGGUGCAAGCCGCCUUCCCCCUGCAGUGUCAGCGCAGACUCAUCGGGCAGGAAGGAGGACAGGAGGAGGAGGACCAGGUAUUUGUGUCCACGCCCAGGGUGUGCCCCCCAGGAGAGGUGAGGAGAGAGUACGAGGACCAGAUCAGCAAACUGGCCGAGGAGAAACGAUCUCUGGAGGAGGCGGAGAGGAGGGCAAGUGAGGAGUACAUCCAGCAGCUCUUGGCUGAGGAAGAGGAGCAGAUGGCUGAAGAGAGGAGGAGGCAGGAAGAGAGACAGCUGGAGGAUGAUGAGAAGCUGGCCACUCUGCUCAGCCAGCAACUGAAUUCCAGUCCAAUGUCAGACUUGCCGGGGAACGUCAGUUCUGCUGAGGUCACUCCGGCAAAGAGGAAACAGAAGUCCGGUUCUGGAGCCAUAGAGAGGUUCCUGUGUCCUGUUAAACCAAAGUUAAGCAGUUCAGACUCUAAUCCCAUCUCCACCUUUAUGACCAACAAGGAGAACAUCCUCUGCUCUCAGGUCACACCCCGGGCAUCCCUGAAGGAGCCGACCAAGUGUCCCAUGCCCACACUGGAGUACUACGGCAGGCUGCAGGGCCCAGUGCAUCCUCCAUUGCCUGCUCCUCCACGGCUUCAGGCUGGAACAGCUAAAUCCCCCCCUGUGUGCACCCAGGCUCACCCAGACACAGAGGGCGCUCUCUCGGGAAAGCGGAAAAGCUCAGAGAUGGAGGCCAGCCAAGAGGAGCCUGACGUCGCCAAGCACAUUUGUUCGUCCUCGGUCACAGGAGGUAUGCAGGGGCAGACGCAGCGAGAGGUGGAGUUUUUCACUCGCCUGCAGCAGGAGGAGGAGGACCGGAGGCUGGCUCUGCUCCUGCAGGAGGAGCUGAACAAGGAAGCGGUGCAGAGAGCCACCGACCGGAGCAAGGAAUCCUCCAACCCCUACCAGCUCCGACAAAAAUCCAGCGCCCAGCCUGGUCCUGGUACCGCUGGUGCCGCGGAUCAGGCUUCAUCCAGUAAACCCACCAAAGCCUGCUCCUCUUCGUCCACAGCAAAAAAAAACAGAACAGAACGGAGGAUUUCUUUGGAAAAAAAGACCUCAAACUCCUGCACCUCCAGCUCAGUGACGAGUAGCUGUAAGCAGGUCACGCUUACAGAAAUGUUCCCCCGACAAGGAGGAGUGAGCACUUCCCUCUCUGACAGGAGAGACAAGUGACUGUCUCCCGUCACCCAGCUGUCAGGACACCUGCACUACCCCUUACUAUGUAAGGCUGUAAGCCUUAGAUUGGCCGUCUCGCCUUAACCAUUUCAGAUCUUUUUUUUGAACAGGGAGUCGUCAGGGUCACGUGUCCACCAGCAGCAUCUGGCCAGACAGGAUUAUUAAAGAGUUUGUUUAGCUGCUGACUGCUGUGUCCCCUCAUUCUUUUAGCAUCUGAUGUUGAAAUAAAAAAUGUAUAUCU